CUGCGCGGAGAUACUUAUAUGGGACGGGUCUCCUAGCAUUGCCAACAACUAAGGCGGUUCACGAAUAAUGAAGACUCUCUGUGUUAUCGGCAUCUUUGCAACGUUCGUGUCCUUGACGUACGCUGCCCCGUAUGAACCGUUCUAUGGCCUGAUAAGAGGUUGCGCCAAGAGAAAUCGCUUUAGCAACGAAACGGGAUGCAUGUACUACUGUGAGAAGGCUAGCAACGGCCAAUGGAAAUAUAACAUCUUCCGAGACGGACUCCCCUGUAACUACGAAGGCACAGGAGAUGGAGAAUGUUACGAAGGACUCUGCUACAUAAAAGGCACUGCUCCCAAGAGGAACGCUAAAGCUGGUGGCAAAGGCAACUUACAACCUCAUGAAACGGCGGAUGAGGAGGUCCAAGAAGGACAACCUGAAGGUGAGGAAGCAGGAACAGGUGGUGCUGCUACUGCUGCUCCUGAUGAAGAGGAAACAAAGAAGGAAGGUGGUGAAGGUGCGAAGGAAGAGGUGACAAGUACACCUGAGGGAGGUGAAGAGUCGACCACGAACGAAAACGGGGGAAGGGAAGAGGCCGAAGAAGAAGAAAACAAAGGUGCCGAAGAGGCAAAAGAAAAGGGUGAAGAGGAAGCGGAGGAAGAAGCAGGAACCGAAGAAAAGGAAGAGGAGGAUGAAGAAGAAAACGGACAAGAGGAAAAGGAAGAAGCAGGAGGAGGAAACGGACAAAACGAAGUUGAGGAUGAAGAAGAAAACGGAGAAAACGAAGAUGAGGAUGAAAAAGAAAACGGACAAGAGGAAAAGGAAGAAGCAGGAGGAGGAAACGGACAAAACGAAGAUGAUGAUGAAGAAGAAAACGGAGAAAACGAAGAUGAGGAUGAAAAAGAAAACGGAGAAGAGAAAGAAGAGGAAGAAGAAGAAAACGGAGAAAAGAAAGAUGAGGGAGAAGAAGAAAACGGAGAAAAGAAAGAAGAAGCAGAAGAAGAAGAAGAAGAAGAAGGGGAAGAAGAAGAAGAAAACGGAGAAAAGAAAGAAGAGAAAGAAGAAGAAAACGGAGGAGAGGACAAGGCGAAAGAACAAACUGACGGUGAGGAGGAGGAUAACGAAGAAGGCGAUGGAGAAACUGUUACAGAAGCCGAUGAAGGAGAAGGUGAAAGUGACGAGAGUACAGAAGAUGAUAGAAAUGAAGAGCGAUAAAAAAAUCGAGGCUCUUAACACGUUGACAAAUAAAAUCGUCUUAGACGCAACCGAAUAAAUGUGUGUUCGUUUCGA